UCUGGUGACUUAGAUCUCUCAAAAUACGUACAUUAAACAUUUGUUGAAGUGCCUUAAUUAAAAGUGCUACUGUGUGUGUAUGUUUUUGUUUGUUACAAAAGCUGUAACUUAAAAACAUAUUCUGCCAAAGUUAUUUGUGUACAUGUUAGGUAUGUAAAAGGCGAAAAUUUUAAAAGGCAGUAAGGUAAUUAAACAAGAUGUCCGAAAGAAUCAGGCGUAGAGAGACAACUUCUGGCGAGUCUGAAGGAUUGUCAGAAAGCUCUUUCGAUGGUCUGGACGUCAAGAAAGGCUCAGAAGGAGAAACAGAUGGCACAAUAAGUACUGAAGGUCAAAAAUCUUACGAGUAUGAUGGAACAGUGGAUAAUGAUGGUGAUGACUCCAGAUCAGAUUGUUCGCCCCCAAGGGAUGGAGAUGAUGGAGACAGUGACAGUAUUGUAAUUGAAUAUGAAAGAGAAGAAGGUGAUGGACAGGAGAGUGUACCACCCAAGGAAAAAAAAUUGGAUGAUGAUGAAGACAGAAGAAAUCCCCAAUACAUACCAAAAAAGGGUACAUUCUAUGAGCAUGAUGACAGAACUGUUGCAGAAGAUGUUGAUGAAGAAGCAGCUGAUAAAGAAAGUGAACGAGGGAAGGAAAUUCAGGCAACUGAUAAGAAGAAAGUGUGGAAGGAAAAUGAGAAUCGCUGGAGUCAUGAUAGAUACAAUGAAGAUGAACAGACACCAAAGUCCAGAGAAGAACUGGUAGCAAUUUACGGCUAUGACAUUCGUAAUGAAGAAGCCCCACCUCGUGCUCGUAGGAGAAGGCGUUAUGGCCGAGGUCCAAAUAAAUACACACGCACUUGGGAGGAUGAAGAUGCUUAUACUAAAACAGCAGCUGCUCUUGGUUUACGUGGAGGACGUCGUGGAGGAGGUGUGGUGGGAAGAGGAGGGCGUCGUAAUACUGAGGAAUUCCCUCCUUUGCAACAAAACCAACAGCAACAGCAACAAAUCUCAUCUCAGUCAGAGGGGGAGGAGAGGGUUGUUGACCAGCGUGUUAAGGGUAUUCCUUCACCAACACUGGAUAAAAAGGGAGCUCAAAACAGGAACGAAGAAAGACAAGCGACCUCAGGAAAAGAUGGUGGUACCAUCACUAUUACAAACUGUAAUGUAUGGAAGAAGGACACUAAUCAGAAUAAUGUAGAAAACAGAAAGGAUGAAGUGAUUCAGAAGUCUCAACCCCCUACCUGGAAAAAUUCACACCAACUAUGUACAACAAAUAAAAGCCAAAUUAUUGUUGAAGAUGAUAAAAAGGAAGAAAAUAGUAAUAAGUGGAAAGGUACUGGGGCAAAUCGGGGUAGGGGACGUGCGAUCUGUGAAACAAAUGAUAGUAGUGUGACAAUAGGGGGAGAAAGUGGGCGGCGAUCUCGUGGUCGUGGAACCUCAAAAGCUGGUCAUGGUGGCAGGGGAGCGGCAGUGCAUCAUCAUUCCAAUAGUGAUGGACGAAGCCUAUCUGAAACAAGAGUAUCCUCUCAUGAUGAAGGCAGCAGCAGUGAAAGUGGAGGUGCUGGUUAUCAGAUACAGAGCCAAGUGAUAACGAGGUCGCAGGAUGAUGCAAGUAAGGAGCUAAGCCAGCUGUCCCUGAAUGAACAGCGUGGGACUAAAGAAAGUAGGCGGUCAAACAAAAACCAGCCAAACUUCCACCAAAAUACAGAAAGAAGGCAGGCAGUUGUUCCUCCAAGAAUGCAACAGGAAAAUGCAGCGAACAGGCCUAAACGUUACUCAUCUCAGAGGCAGCGGUCCUUACCAGAGAGCAAUGGACCUACGUAUGCACAGCAGCCUCAUGGAUAUUAUUCACCUGGAUAUGUCCAGCAACCUGUGUAUGCAGAGGCACCCCCACCACCUCCUCAGCAACCACCACCCCCACCGCCUCCACAACCUGCUCCUAUGAUGCCUCAUCAUCAGCCACCUACGUUUCCACCUCCGUAUGCAUCACCUACAGCAUAUAUGCAACCAGUACCUGCACCACCACCACCACGUAUUUUGCAGCCUCCUCAUGGUCCACCACCAGGACCAUAUGUACAGCCACCACCACCGACUGCUCCAAUAAUAAAUUACAUACCAGCUCAGGGACAGUUCCCACCCCAAGGGUAUCCUGCCUUCCAAGGUUAUGCACCUGUGGCUCCAGGGCAGCCGCCAGAGCUUUUCCAAGCCCAAGGAAUCACAUAUUAUAGCACAGAAGAACAAGUGAUGUCACGGCCACCGCCUGUAGCCCAGAAACGCCAGCGUGCAGCUAUUCCUAUUGUUCCACCACCAGAAGGAAUGUCAAAGGGUCGUGGCCGCUUACGGGACAGUGACAUUGGUGUUGCGCCUGAUCCUGGUCCAGGUGGUGAUGUCACAGUACCUCCAGUGCAGGAUAUUCAGAUUUCAGAGCAAGACCAAGAACCAACCCCAACUGCAGUUACUGACCAGUAUGCCGAUGCACCUCAGGAUACUACAUUAGUCCCAAGUCCAGCGCCAGCUGAGAGCAUUGUUACUGCUAAUGCAGCAAUAGAACAGGAGUCUUGUUUGUAUUGGGACUCUACCCAGCUUCAUAAAAUAUUCCUGUGUGGUCUAGAAAGAAGUAUACCUGUAGAUUCAAAUCCUUUUCUCUUUGAGAAUUACAUCAUUAAUGCAAGUAUUGCAGCUCCUUAUUUGCAGUAGCAUAGUGGAAAGAAAAUGCUUUUAAAUUAUAUUUGCAAAAGAAUCACGACAGAUUUGCUGUAAGCUAUUUAGAAUCACAUAUUAUUAUGUUAAAUUUUCUGUACUGUUGUCAAAUUACAGUUCUUAAGAUAACUUACUUAUAAGAAUGAAUGUAUUAUUCGAUGCAAAACUAUACUUGUCAUACAGACUAGGCAAUUGUAGCUGUUGCUGUAAGAAAUGAAGUGUGAGUGCUUCCCAGGAAUCUAAGAAAUUAUAACACAGCCUGGCAUUUCCCCCCAUGUGCCAUUUACACAGGGUCCAUGCAUGUAUAAUGGCACUGUAGUUUUCAAAGUGAUACAUGCAGAGGGACAAAGACGAAAGGAAAGAUGAAAAAUUUUUGUGUUUAUUCCACAUAUUUGUCUUAUGAUUAUGAGUGAUUGCCUUCAGGUUAUUGUUUUAGUUUUGGUGGAUAAUAACAGUAACAUAGCAGUAAAAUUGUCGUCUGAAAUAUGUUAAAUAGAAUAUGAUUUUGGUAUCACUGAUAGGAGCAAUUGUACAAGUGAAGUCAUUUUUUAUUUACAGUUAACAUACACAAUUUAUCGCACAGAAAAAAAGUCAUGUGAACAAUGUCCAUAUGAAAAGACAACAUUUCACCAUUAGUUAAAAAUAAUUGUUACAAGCAAAUAUUAUUUAAUAUCUUGUUGGCAAUGUUUUACUUUCUGUAAUUUAUUUAUGACAUACUCCAUGCAGAAUGGAUUUCAUUACUGAUGUGGUUGACUACUAGUUCCUAUUGCUUUGUGUUGUACAGGUUCUUUGUUUUUCUAGUAUUGUACAGAUUGUACUUUGAAAGUUGUUCUGUCACCUUGUUGGUAGUGGAAUGUAUUUAGUUAAUGAGAUUCACUUUUCAGAUGUGCAUUGUAAAUGUCAAUAAUGUAGACAAAAAGAAGAUAACCUCUACAUAUAAAGUUGUCAAUUAUAAUAACUUUAUUAGCUACAGAAUAUCUCAGUUGUUAAGGUCUUUGGAUUAUGCAAUUGAACAUUUUUGAUUAUGAAUAAAAUGAUCACUUUUUGACAGCAUACAUGAGUUCCAUGU